AUGGCCGACCACUGUCCUGUCCAGACCAGCGCGGUCUAUGUUCUCGGCUGCAACAGCAGGGCCGCCAUGCCGCCGCCAUCACCACCUUCGCCGCGCAUGACUGCCGACAUCGCCGACGAGCUCUGCACGCCCAUCCAGGAGCUCUCGCUGGACACCGUCGACAGCUCUGCGGCCGAGCCUGCUGCCGCCACCAAGACGACCGAUGAUGCCUCCUCGGCAACUUCCAUCUCGCGGUCGUCUUCGUCCUCGUCUUCUUUGCCCCCAGACUUGCAUCGCCCGUCGCUGUCGUCACCCAUCACCACUGCUCCCGCCACGGCUGCCGGUUCACCGCUGAUCACUGCCGCUGACCUCGACCUCGACCUCGACCUUGAUAUGUGCCGCUCUGACGCCCGUCUUGCUGGCGCUGUUCAUGUCCUCGCCACCGAAGCCAACGCUCUCCAGUCUGUCGCCCACCUGUACGGCAGCUCGGCCAGCGCCCGCCAAGGCUUUCAUCGCGCCGUCGAUGCCAUCGUCCACACCCAGACCGCCUAUCCGGCCGGCAAGCUCAUCGUCGUCGGCGUCGGCAAGUCUGGCCACAUCGGCCGCAAGCUGGCUGCCACAUUCAACAGCCUCGCUGUCCCGGCCUCCUUUGUUCAUCCCACCGAAGCAUUGCACGGCGAUCUCGGCCACGUCCGCUCCAACGACUGCCUGCUGUUCAUCACCUACUCCGGCAAGACCCAGGAGCUAGUUAGCCUGCUGCCUCAUGUCGAUCCCUCCCUGCCGUUGAUCCUGCUGACCGCCCACGUCCCCACUGAGACUUGUGACCUGGUCCAACACCGCCAGGAGUUUCAUCGCUCUGCCACGGCCGUCGGUCCCACCAUCCUGCUGCCCGCCCCCAUCCCGGUCGAGGAGGCCGUCUCGUUUGGCGUCUCCGCACCCACCACCAGCACUACCACCGCCCUGGCUGUUGGCGAUGCCCUCGCUAUCGUCGCCGGCAAUGAGCUGCACUCGGCCGUCGGUGGUGUUGGCUCCGUCUUUAAGCGCAACCACCCCGGCGGCGCCAUCGGCGAGACCACCCGGACGCAGGCCGGCCCUGCUGCGGGCAACGACCAGAUUCGCCACCUGGCUCCUCCCGGGGCCUCCAUCCCCGUCUUGAAGGCUGCUGAGGCUGCCGUCUGUGCCGACAUCUUGCAUGCUGGCUAUAACAACGCAGCCGCCAAGGGCUGGGUCCGUGUCGUCGGCCAGUCGCCUGACGAUGCCAGCAUGAGCGUUGACGGCAUUGCACCGCCCAGCCGCACCCGCGCUCUGGCCCCAAUUGAGUUGGCCCGUCCGGUGGCCGGGCGUGUCCGGCCUCAUCCCGAGUGGCUGCUGAGGUCGUCCCGCAGCACUGAUGGUUCCGCUGCCGGACUCGACACCCCUUCUUGCGUCGUCAUUGCCGUCGUUGACCAUGCGAAGGCUGGAGAACUCGUCGGCGUGCUUGAGCUAAAAGAUCUGUUGGAUGCAUGA